AUGACUGUACUAGACACAACCAUCAAAGCACCCUUUGGUGUCGUCGAUAUGGGCUCCAAUGGCAUUCGGUUCGGCAUAGUGACAGCACUUGCAAGACAUUUACCAGUUGCGUACGAAGAGAGAGCUCCCAUUUCACUGCUGGAGGCACAGGGAGAUGAGCAUUACAUUCCUACCGAGACAAUAGACCAAGUGAUUACUAGUUUCUUGCGUUUCAAGACGAUUUGCCGACAUGAAGAUGUGGAUCCAACCAAUGUCAAAGUCAUUGCCACAGAAGCCACUCGCAUUGCAACCAACUCGACCGAGUUUCUAAACAGGAUCAAAGAAGCUACUGGAUGGUCGGUCAAUAUUUUAUCCAAGGAGCAAGAAGCCAUGAUUUCAUCCAUGGGCAUUGUUGGCUCAUUCUACAGAGUGGAUGGACUCACGAUGGAUUUGGGUGGUGGUUCAGUAGAAUUGAGCUACGUGACAUCAAGAGGCUCUUCUCCUUUAUCAGAAGAUUCGGAAAGGCCUAAAAAGCGACUCAAGACGUCUGCAAGCCCUGUGUCACUGCCUUAUGGAGCUGCAAUCAUGAGAAAGCGCUUAUCUGCUUGUGUGGAUCAACAGGAGAAAGACGACCUCUACAGUGAGAUUGUGGAUCAGGUAGCCAAGGCAAAAAUAACGACCAACAUCCCAUAUCACCUCAGAGACCAUGAUGGAUACACACUGUACAUGAGUGGUGGUGGAUUCAGAGCAUUGGGCUAUCUCUCGAUGGCCAUCACCAAAUCCAAAGAUGGUAAGCUGAAAAAGGGUUCCUAUCCUAUCCCCAUCAUCAGUGGCUACAGUAUCACAGGCGAGCAAUUGGCGGACCUGGUGGAUAAAUACAAAGAUCGUGAUCCCGAAGAACUGGUGAGUGAGCUCAAAGUGUUCCGCAUCUCCAAACGAAGAACCCGCAUGCUUCCAGCAACAUGCUUUUUAGUAUCUGCUAUCAUGAAAGUCAUUCGUAUCAAAGAAAUCUACUUUAGCGAAGGUGGCGCUCGUCAAGGCAUCUGCUACCAUAUGCUGCCUUACACCGAGCAGAUCAAGGACCCUCUUUUGGAAGGCGUUAAAUCCUAUGUGUCACCAUUACCUCAUGCGUUGUCUCCAGAUGAAUUUGACACUGUGCUGCGUGCAUUAAACAAUGCCAUCCCACCACUGUAUCUGGCUCCUGAUCACCCACUUCAACUUCAUCGCCUGGUACCGGCUGCUGUUCACCUUGCCAACCUGACUACACAUUAUCCUAAAGAAACACGUGCAUUUGUGGCUUUCCAUAUGCCUUUGGCCAGUGGUCCAUUGGCAAAUAUACCCGGUCUGCUUCAUUCUGAGAGAGCCAUCUUGGCGUUGAUUCUCGCAUACCGUCAGGGAGGCGAUGUGCCUGACCCCGUGUUUAACGCAAUCGAGGCCAUGAUCGGCAAGUAUGGUGUAUCUGUGUGUAAAUACGUGGGCAGACUAAUGGAGAUUAUGUUUCUCAUUUCUCCUCGCCAUCCUGGAUGGGGUUUGGAAGAAAGCGGCCUCCAGUUUCGUUUGGUGCGUGUGGAAUCUGAUGAUGAAGAGGCAGGAAACUCGAGUCCCAUGUCGUCGCCCAUCACGCCUCAAACACGCCAAUACUACUCGACUUCAAAGCUGGAGAUUGUGAUGCCAAAGAAAAGGAGCCCCAUGUUGGAAGCACCUGCCGUCAUUUCAGUCAUUGAAAGCAUGGAUAAAAAGGUGCAGCCAAAAAAGUUUGAUAUGGAUGAAGAAACACAAGAUGUUCGCAACAAGUUGUUUACAGUGACAAUAGUCCAUUGA